CCGGGAGUUGGGAACAGUUUGCACGUGCUCCCCGGUUGAAAAUGAAUCUCCGGAAUCCAGACAGACGCCGACGAGCUCAGUCGCCGGAAUCUCUCCUGUGGGAAUGGCAAAGAGAGAGAAAGAAAGACAUGGUGCGCAUAUUAUUCAAGGUCCGUAGUUGUUUGAUAGUGGAGGUGUGAAACUAUCACUUUUACUUUAAAAUAAAAACCCCCCAACAUCUUACUGUAGCACACGAUAAAUUUACACACAACCCAAUUAUCCAAUUACAUACAAACGCAUACAUCUUUGUUUCUAAUCUAUUACCGAUUAUAUAUGUAUAUUAUAUUUCAGCUUAUAGUCAUUGUUUGACAUCUGUUGGCAUUCGAUUCUCUCCUGCCUUCUAUCUACCACGGAUGUAUGUGAUUUAGGGAUCUUUCUGCAGCAGCAGCAGCAGCGGAGGACCCCUGUUCGUCUACUUGCUAAUUGAGCGGGUAAAGAAAUCAGCUUUGCAGUUUGCUUCUCUCCGCCUCUCUGAUCUAAUGAAGUAGGGGAAAUUGGAUUGUUUUUCAACUUGUGACAGGAGGGAAAUACGGGAAACUUCUUUGGAUGUAUGAAUUCGAUUGUUUUGUCUAUGAAGAAUUGAAGCAGCUGCAAUUCAUUUAAUCUAGUAUUGGGAGCAUGGACUCUCCUACCUCCCAGUUUGUCUCUGCAAGAAGUAUGGGUAUCUUUGAGCCUAUUAACCAAAUGAGUUUGUGGGGAGAUUUUAGUGGCGACGGGUUUCCAAAUACAGCCAUGGCCGAAAUCAUGGAGGCAAACAUGAAAUUAGAUAAUCAGGUGCAUAGUUUGAAGCUAAUGUAUGAGUCAGAGGAUACUUCACAUGAAAUGCUAGAAUCAUCAAACAAGUGUGAUCAAGAAGCAUCUAAAUUCCCUGACAAGGCGCUUAGACGUCUUGCACAAAAUCGUGAGGCUGCUCGUAAAAGCCGUAUGCGGAAGAAGGUUUAUGUUCAACAGUUAGAAACAAGUCGUUUGAAACUUAUUGAAUUAGAACAGGAGCUUGAACGAGUUAAACAACGGGGUCAGUAUAUGUGCAAUGCAGUAGAUGCUAGUUAUCAAGGGUACUCAGCACCAUUAAACUCAGGUAUAAUUGCAUUUGAGGUGGAGUACGGACGAUGGGUGGAUGAACAAAACAAGCAAAUUAAUGAACUGAGAGAUGCAUUAAACUCUAAUACAGCUGACAUAAAACUUCAAAUUCUUGUUGAUGGUGGCUUGAAACACUAUUAUAACCUCUUCCGAAUGAAAGAAAAUGCAGCAAAAUCUGAUGUCUUCUAUAUCAUGUCUGGCGUUUGGAAGACACCAGCUGAACGCUUUUUCUUGUGGAUUGGAGGAUAUCGCCCUUCCGAGCUUCUAAUAAAGGUUCUUCUGCCCCAUCUUGAACUGUUGGAGCAACAACGUGCCCAUAUAUGUAGUCUUGCACAAUCAUGUCAACAAGCAGAAGAUGCUCUCACACAAGGAAUGGACAGAUUGCAGGCAACUCUUGUUGAGGCAGUAGCAGCUGGUCGAUUUGGUGAAGGAAGUUAUCUUCCUCAGGUUUCCACUGCAGUCGAACGGUUGAAAGCAUUACUGGGUUUUGUGAAUCAGGCUGAUCAUAUUCGCCAAGAAACCCUGCAACAAACAUCCCACAUCCUAACUACACGUCAAGCAGCUCAGGCACUACUUACACUGGGAGAAUACUGUCAACGUCUUCGAGCAUUAAGUUCCCUCUGGACUAAUAAUCAUCCUUGUGAAACUACAUAACAAGAAGGUGAUUCAACAUUUUCUCAUAUGUGAUCAUUGUUUGCAGAAUCAUGAAUUUUUAUUUUUUUGGGGGAGCUUGUUAGGUAGUAUAUACUACUAUUGUGCUGAAUGGGAGAUGCUUGUAGAAAAUUGUGUUGAAAUACAGUUUACUGCUCAAAGUGUGGCAAUAGAGCAUUUGAUGUAAAUAAUCAGCUAUGACAUAAAUUUAUAUACAUUUUUUUGAGUAUUUUGUUAUGUACAAAUGUAAUCUAGGAGCUUCUGGA